GCUCACAAACCUCAUUUGUCGCUGCUCGUCCGCGUGCCCGUUUGGUCCAUAUUAAACCUCAAUCAUGCCGUGGAACACUAUACCCCAGAUUUCUCGAGCGGAUAGAGUGUAUUCCACCACACACCAACCACACCAGUCUGGGGCCCUCGGCUGGGGUGCAGACAUGUUGCCUUCGGCAAAUGCAGCCACUCGACCAAAGAGUGAUCACGGUAGUAUACUCCUGAUCGAGCCUCCUGUCCUGGUUUGGACAGGGUGAGAUUUGACAAGUCAAGGAAUCGAGGGCCGGUAAGUGAGCUCGGUUGGAACGCCCCCGUAUGCAUGCAUAGCUUUGACAGCCCAACGGUCGAGUAUGACGAGUGGGCGCGAGUGAGAACCUGGCAAGCCACCCCCUACAUCUGGGGUAGAGUGGAAGCAGCCAAACAGUGAGAAGUAUAUAUCACCGAAAAAAAAGCGGUUGUCCUCCCCUCCCCCUCUCUCUGCCCGUUGCUUCGUCAGUGGCUUGCUUCCAUUCUUGCACCUUGACUCCAUCCGGGUUCCAGUUCAAAAUGAAGUCGACAUUCUUUGCUGCCUUGACGGCUCUGGCCGCCAAAGAGGUUGCUGCCCAUGCCACCUUCCAGCAACUCUGGGUUGACGGUACCGAUUAUGGCUCCUCCUGCGCUCGUCUCCCCCCUUCCAACUCGCCCGUCACCAACGUCGGAGGCCGUGACUUUGUGUGCAAUGCCGGUACUCGUGGCGUCGCUGGCAAGUGCCCUGUUCGCGCCGGCGGCACCGUGACUGUCGAGAUGCACCAGCAAACUGGUGACCGGUCCUGCUCUCAAGAAGCCAUCGGCGGCGCCCACUACGGCCCCGUCCAGGUCUACCUCUCCAAGGUCCCAGACGCCUCCACCGCCGACGGCACCUCCACCGGCUGGUUCAAGAUCCUUUCCAACUCGUGGUCCAAAAAGGCUGGCGGCCGCGUUGGUGACGAUGACAACUGGGGCAGCAAGGACCUCAAUGCCUGCUGCGGCAAGAUGGACGUCAAGAUCCCCGCUGACAUCCCCUCGGGCGACUACCUCCUCCGUGCCGAAUCGCUAGCUCUCCACGCUGCUGGUCCAAGCGGUGGCGGUCAGUUUUACAUGACCUGCUACCAGAUCACCGUCUCCGGUGGUGGCAACGCUAGCCCCGCGACGGUGAGGCUCCCCGGUGCCUAUGGUGCCAGUGAAGGGCAGGUGAACAUCCACGCUGCGCUUACUUCUUACACCGCCCCUGGACCGGCGGUUUAUUCUGGUGGUGAGACUAGAACUCCUGGUGGGGCUUGCACUGGGUGUGCGUCAACCUGCAAGGUUGGCUCUUCUCCUUCCGCGAUUGCUCCAGGAGGAGGUGGUUCUUCUCCUGCUACUGGCGGUGGUAGUAAUGCUGGCGGCGGCAACUCCGGUUGCAGUGUUGCCAUGUAUGGGCAGUGUGGCGGUAACGGGUAUACUGGAUGCACGAACUGCGCUGUAAGUUGUUAUGAGUGA